AAAUGACACCUAAAAGCUUUGAAGAGGAGAGUUUGCUGGCCGGUGAUGAAAGGAACGAGACAAAAAGAGCAAUGCUCAUUUUAGAAGAUGGGACAACAUACAGUGGCAUAUCAUUUGGAGCUGACUUCAACGCUUCCACCAGCGGAGAGGUGGUAUUCCAAACUGGUAUGGUGGGGUAUAUAGAGUCACUUACUGAUCCUAGCUACGACUCUCAAAUACUGGUCCUAACCUACCCACUGAUUGGAAACUACGGAGUACCUGAACUAGCUGCUGAUGAGUUUAAUCUUCCCAAGUUCUUUGAAUCAGAUAAAAUACACGCGUCUGGUUUGAUUGUAGCAAACUACAGUGAUGAAGCAAGCCAUUGGGCCUCUGUGAGAACCCUGUCUGAUUGGCUUAAAGAUCAGAACAUUCCAGCUAUUACUGGUAUCGACACGAGGAGUCUCACUAAGAAGAUAAGAGAGCACGGUACAAUGCUUGGCAAGAUAAUAACAGGAGAUACUGAUCCGGAUACUAUAGAGUUUGUGAACCCGGACCUGCAGAACCUGGUCACACGGGUCUCCUGUCCUACUGUCAAGAACUACAACAGAGAAGGCGAUGUUAACAUCUUGUGUAUUGACUGUGGGAUAAAGAACUCCCAGAUCCGAUGUCUUGCUGAGAGGGGCGCUUGUGUUACUGUUGUCCCCUGGAACAUGGACUUCUCCGUCAUUCUCUCCAAGUUUGAUGGCUUGUUUAUCAGUAACGGUCCCGGUAAUCCCGAACACUGCUCCGUUCUCAUUGAAAGACUCACUGAGAUCCUGUCUCACGACACAGUGCUCCCCACAUUUGGUAUUUGCAUGGGUUCCCAGUUAGUAGGCAUGGCUCUGGGUUGUACGCUUUACAAGCUAAAGUACGGUAACAGAGGCCACAAUCAGCCGUGUACCCACGUGGAGACCAAGCGGUGCUUUAUAACUAGUCAGAACCACGGCUUCGCUCUCGAUACUUCCUCGCUUAACGAUGAUGUAGAAGAGUUGUUUGUUAACGAGAAUGAUAAAACAAAUGAAGGUCUGAUCCACAACACCCGACCUAUAAUGACAGUUCAGUUCCACCCGGAAGCUAUGGCAGGUCCUUCAGAUACUAACUUUCUCUUCGACGUCUUCCUCGACCAUGUCAAGCAGACUAAGAUAGGGCAAGUAACGAUGACACUGAAGGAGCGUCUAACCCACAAACUGCUACAAAAGAAAGGGCUCUGUCCCCGCAACACUCCAAUAAUACAGGCCCCUUACAAGGUCCUCAUACUAGGAUCAGGGGGCCUCUCUAUUGGACAGGCUGGCGAGUUCGACUACUCUGGCUCACAGGCUAUAAAAGCACUAAAGGAGGAAGGAAUGCAGACAGUACUGAUCAACCCUAACGUAGCCACGGUACAAACUAGCAAAGGACUAGCUGACAGGGUCUACUUCCUACCCAUCACUAUCGACUAUGUUAAACAGGUGAUAGAAUCAGAGCGCCCAGAUGGAAUACUCCUCUCUUUUGGGGGCCAGACUGCUCUGAACUGCGGAGUUGAGCUCUUCAGGGACGGGGUGCUCGAAACUUAUAAUGUUAAAGUCCUAGGCACACCAAUACCAAGUAUAAUAGCUACAGAGGACAGGAGGGAGUUCGCAAUAAGGUUAUCUGAAAUUGGAGAGAAAGUUGCUCCCAGUGACACGGCUACUAACCUACAGGAUGUGCUGAGUAUCGGUAACAAGCUAGGGUUCCCAGUGUUGGUCCGCACUGCCUUCGCUCUGGGAGGGAUGGGGAGCGGGUUUGCGAGUGACGAGACCGAACUAGCAGCCCUGGUCAAGUCUCCUCUAGCUAGCGGCAGUCAGGUGAUAGUAGAUAAGAGUCUGAAGGGGUGGAAGGAGGUUGAGUACGAGGUGGUCAGGGACGCGUACGAUAACUGUAUAGUUGUGUGCAACAUGGAGAAUGUGGACCCUCUCGGUAUUCACACCGGAGAGAGUAUAGUAGUGGCUCCCUCCCAGACUCUCACUAACAUUGAGUACAACAUGUUACGUACUGUGGCUAUUAAAGUGGUCAGACAUCUGGGCGUAGUCGGAGAGUGCAACAUUCAGUACGCUCUCAAUCCUCAGUCACAACAGUACUACAUCAUAGAAGUGAACGCUCGUCUAUCACGGAGUUCAGCUCUGGCCAGUAAAGCUACAGGAUACCCGCUAGCUUACAUCGCUGCUAAGCUCGCUCUUUUGUACCCACUUCCUGACCUCAAAAACAAGGUAACUAACAAGACUACAGCUUGUUUUGAGCCCAGUCUGGACUACUGUGUGGUUAAAAUACCUCGCUGGGAUCUGGGCAAAUUCCAUCACGUUAGCAAGAAGAUCGGCAGCUCAAUGAAGAGUGUAGGAGAGGUCAUGUCAAUAGGGCGCACAUUUGAGGAAGCACUACAGAAAGCUCUGAGAAUGGUGGAGAGCUCUACUCUCGGGUUCUACGGGGACAACCGUGUAGUGAACGAGGAGGAACUGCGGAACCCAUCAGAUAAGCGUAUCUUCAUGAUAGCCCAGGCUAUUUCUAAUGGAUAUAAUGUUAACGAGCUGAACACUCUCACCAACAUUGACCGCUGGUUCCUUAUGAAGAUGCAGAACAUUAUAGUACAGCAGCGCAACUUGGAGAGCUACAGAAGCAGGUUGAACAAUCUGCCUAGAUCGUUACUCCUUACAGCAAAACAGUUGGGAUUCAGUGACAAACAGAUCGCUCAUUUUGUAGGAAGUACUGAGAUUGCAGUUCGGGGAGUAAGACACUCCUUCAACCUCCAGCCUUGUGUAAAACAGAUAGAUACUGUAGCAGGCGAGUAUCCCGCAGAAACCAACUAUCUGUACCUGACUUACAACGGGUGUGAAGACGAUGUGGUCCUUCAUCAGGGUGGAGCGCACAUGGUGCUGGGUAGUGGAGUGUACAGGAUAGGGUCCAGUGUAGAGUUUGAUUGGUGUGCUGUGGGCUGCACUCAGGAGCUUAGAAAGUUGGGUUACAAGACUAUAAUGGUUAACUACAAUCCUGAGACCGUGUCGACUGAUUACGAUAUGUGUGAUAGGCUCUACUUCGAGGAGAUCAGCUUCGAGGUUGUAAUGGAUGUGUACGAGUUGGAGAACCCAGAGGGAGUGAUAGUGUCAAUGGGAGGACAGCUGCCAAACAACAUAGCUCUUCUUCUACACAGAGCGGGAGCUAAUGUACUGGGCACCAGACCAAGCAUGAUAGACAGCGCCGAGAACAGGUUCAAAUUCUCAAGAAUGCUGGACUGGAUGAACAUAGCCCAGCCCAAGUGGAAGGAGCUGACGGACCUGGAGUCAGCUGUAGACUUUGCUACACAAGUCGGCUACCCGGUCCUAGUGAGACCUUCUUACGUUCUCUCUGGAGCCGCCAUGUCUAUCUGUCACAGAGAUGACGAGUUGAAGGAGUAUUUAGGAAAAGCAGCAGCCCUGUCGCCUGACCAUCCAGUUGUUAUCAGCAAGUUUAUCAUGCAAGCCAAGGAGAUCGAUGUAGACGCUGUAGCGUGUAACGGGGAGGUUCUAGUAAUGGCUAUCUCAGAGCACGUGGAGAAUGCAGGAGUACAUUCCGGGGACGCCACUCUUAUCUGCCCACCACAGGAUAUGAACGAAGAGACUCUGUUGAAGAUAAGGAAGGUGUGCAGAGCAGUGGGUCACGCCCUACAAGUAUCAGGCCCCUUCAACCUGCAGAUAAUAGCUAAAGAGAACAACCUGAAGGUUAUAGAGUGCAACGUGCGAGUGUCUCGCUCCUUCCCAUUCGUGUCCAAGACCCUGGAGGUGGACUUUGUAGCUCUCGCUACUAAAGUGAUACUGGGGUUACCUUGUGAGCCCAUUACCCCUGAUCCCAUGACUGAUUCUCGGAGGAUUGGAAUUAAGGUAGCCCAGUUCUCCUUCUCCCGCCUGUCAGGGGCUGAUGCUCUAUUAGGGGUCGACAUGGCCUCCACUGGAGAGGUAGCUGCUUUUGGGUACGAUCUCUACUCAGCUUACUUGAAAGCAAUGGUUAGCUCCGGGUUCAAACUACCCAAGAAGUACAUCUUACUGUCUAUUGGUAGUUAUAAGGGUAAGCAGGAGAUGCUGGACAGUGUUAAGUUGUUGCACAAUAUGGGCUACACUCUCUACGGAUCGUCUGGUACUGCUGACUACUACAACGAGCACGGGAUUACCAUUACCUCCAUCUCGUGGCCGUUCAAUGAGAACGGUGAGGCUAGCUCCAGCGACACACCCAGUAUCGGGGACUACAUGUCCUCUCAGCACUUCGACCUUGUCAUCAACCUUCCACUGGCUCACAAUGUGUACAGCAGCUACAGUAGACAGAAGAAGAGUAAAUCGUACGGUUACUUAACAAGACGAAUGGCUAUUGACUUUGCUAUUCCUCUCAUCACGGAUAUCAAAGUCGCCAAAUUGUUUGUUAUGGCGGUGUACAAAUGCAGAGGACCGCCUCCUUUGUCGCUGUGUGACAUCCUCUCCACACGCAAGACCAUCACCCUCCCCGGUCUAAUAGACGUGCACGUGCACCUGCGCGACCCUGGGGCUACCCACAAAGAGACGUUCACAACAGGCACCUCCGCCGCGCUGGCUGGUGGUGUGACCAUGGUGUGUGCUAUGCCUAAUACUAACCCGCCCAUUGUAGACAAGGAGUCGUUCGAGCUGGCUAGUAAGAUAGCUACUAGUGGGGCAGUGUGCGAUUAUGCACUGUUCGUGGGGGCUAGUCUGACUAAUUGGGGCGAGGUGUGCGAGUUAGCGCCGCAAGCUGCUGCUCUGAAGAUGUACUUGUGCGACACCUUCACUACUCUGAGACUGGAUGACAAUACUGUCUGGUUGAAACAUCUCCAGAACUGGCCCGCACAGUACCCGCUGUGUAUCCACGCUGAACAAGCUGAACGCACGUGCAGUUUACCAGCUAUAUUGUUCCUGGUAUCUGUUGCUAGGCGACCAGUGCAUAUCUGUCACGUGUCUAAACGUGUAGAGCUGGAACUCGUCAUCACUGCUAAACAAGCUGGAUUGCCGGUUACCUGUGAAGUGUCUCCCCACCACCUGUUCCUGACCAAUCAGAGCACAGUACUCAACUCUGCUGUAAGACCUGCUUUGGGCACCGACGAGGACAGGCAAUUCCUGUGGGAUAAUCUCAAGUUCAUUGACAUAUUCGCUACUGAUCACGCUCCGCACACGGUCGAGGAGAAGACUUCAGACAAACCCCCAGCUGGUUUCCCCGGAUUGGAGACUAUGCUGCCGUUACUCCUGACUGCUGUGGCGGAGGGAAGGCUGACUGUGCAGGACAUAAUACUGAGACUGCACACCAACCCCAUCAAGAUAUUCAACCUCCCUGAACAACCUGACACUUUCAUAGAGGUGGACAUGGAGGAGAAGUGGACUAUUCCCUCCGCUAUGAGGUUUUCUAAAGCUGGUUGGACCCCGUUUGAAGGAAUGGAAGUUCAGGGCUCAGUCUCUAAAGUGGUCCUCAGAGGAAACACUGUCUUUAUUGAUGGCAAGGUGUUAGCAGAGCCGGGGUACGGUGAGGACGUAAGAAGAAAGUCUCUGUCAGCACAAGUACAGGACACUAGUUCCUCCGUGUUAGUUCCCAGCUCUCCCGCCAGUCCCGGAGUUGACAGGGUCAAGUUUACUAGCGAGGACAGUGACAACGAGUAUAAAGCUGGAGGAAUGGUGACUGCUUCCCCCAAAUCUGUAGUGUUCCACGACCCUGUCAGCAAGCUUACAGCUGGCAGACAGAGACACUACUCUCUAACAGACGCUAGUGGGUGUUUGAGACAGAUCUCAAUGACUGAGACACUGAAUGAGACAGAUGUGUCGCGACUUAUACCUGUCGUGAGACACAACCUCAACAACAAACACAUCCUAACUGUGAAGCAGUUCGAUAGGAACACUCUGCACCAGAUCUUCACAGUGGCUCACCAGUUUAAGAGGAAGUUACAAACAGAGAUACACACGCUAGCUACAGGGUGUGUUCUGGGGACUAUGUUCUUUGAGCCUAGUACUCGCACCCAUCUCUCCUUUACUAGCGCCAUGCAGCGCUUAGGUGGUACAGUGAUAACUCUUAGUCCAAGUGAGAGUAGUUUGCUGAAAGGAGAAAGUGUAGAGGACACAGUUAGAAAUAUUCAAGGUUAUUGUGAUAUUAUGGUAAUGAGACAUCCUACCCCUGGACAAGUCACUACUGCUGCUAGGCACCUACAUAAACCCCUGAUAAACGGGGGAGAUGGAGUGGGGGAGCACCCAACACAGGCUCUACUGGACGUGUUCACUAUCAGAGAGGAAAUAGGAACUGUUAACGGAAUAACGGUGACGAUGGUGGGAGAUUUGAAGCACGGAAGAACUGUUCACAGUCUGGCGAGGCUACUCACUCUGUACAAUGUUAAGCUGCAAUACGUGUCCCCGUCUGAGCUGGACAUGCCUGCUGAUGUGAUAGAUUAUGUCAAGAACAAAGGAAUACCGCAGACUAGCUACAGAGAUCUGCUGGACGCCAUGCCAUCCACUGAUGUGCUAUAUGUAACCCGGAUACAGAAAGAAAGAUUCCCGUCGCCUGAGGAUUACGAAAAGGUAAAGGAUUCCUACCUGAUAACGCCUGAGACUCUGAUAAAAGCUAAACCUGGCAUGGUUGUCAUGCAUCCUCUACCUCGCGUCAACGAGAUCAGUGUUGAGAUAGAUGCAGAUCCACGAGCCGCUUACUUUAGACAAGCUGAGAACGGAGUGUAUGUUAGGAUGGCACUGCUGGCUAUGCUGCUGGGCAAAUGUUAGGAUGACCCGGUUACAGUUUGUCAUAGAUCUGGACUCGAAGUCUGGAUCAGGAAUGGAUCUUGAGGUUAUACUUUUUUAUGUAAUUUUGUAGAAUUUGUUUUGGUUGGAGAACCUGGAAUUUAACAUAUCUUAAGUAUAAAACUAUAAUUAUAACAUGGUGCCUGUUUUCCCUCCGUUAAUUGGAAUUUGGCAAUUAUUUUUUAUCUACUGACAUGAGAAAUUUGGCAUUUUUUCGUUAAUUUCUUGGAAAGACGCAUUCUAGCUUAUCAAUUCAAUUUUUAGAAAUGAAAUUUGAUUCGUCAAGAUCCUCAAUUAUCACGCCACCUAACGAUAUUUUCGUUUUAUCCUUUGAAGUUUGGGCGAUUUUAAAUCAAUUAAUUACGCUCGCGGAAACAUUUUCAAUUUACAAAUGUUAAGGUUUGCUGUUUCGUUUUCAAUUUACAUGGCUCAUAGUCAUGGUAUUGGUAAGAAAAUAAGACCGCCCAUUUGUAGAACAGGUCGCCAGAUUGAUAGAAGUAAUUUCUAAUGAGUAUAAUGUUAUUAGUACUACUAAUAUUAUUAGCCAGUCAUAAUCACAAAUAUCUAGAUAGCAUUAGUGUUUAUCAAUGAUUUAUAAAUUAUUAAUAUACCUCUUUUAUUUAUAUUUCUUUAUUUCUGCGAAGAAUCUAAAUCAUCUCAUCAUUAUCUUAUUAUUUCUAAUAAUUAGAAGCAUUCAGAUUAAAGAUGGCGCACUUUUUUUAAUGGUUACCCAACUACAAAUGUGAUAUUGAUAAAUAAGAAGCCUUGUGAUAUGGCUAUUAAGAAGGUGAAACCUCCCACUCAAAUGUUAAGUACGGUUUGCUGUUUCGUGUGCUGGCCACGAGCGGAACAGUAGGUUACUGCUGCUAGUGCUAGCAUUGUUUUAAUCUAAAUUUACCGUAUCUAUAUUCGACAAAUUUAUCGUCUACUUUAUGUCGGAGGGGUCCGGGACUUCUAUGUGCAGCUUUGCUUUAAAAGAAAGAUAUGACCUCUAUUUCGGAAAGAAAUUAUAUUUUUAUCAAAACGUUUAUUUUUUAAAGACGCUUUUUAAAAGGUUUUAUUGUAGGUUAAUUUAUUACAUAGCUUUAAAAGCUACAUUUUAUGUUUGUGUUACUUUAUCUGUAGUCUGUAUUAAAAACAAUAUUCUUAAUUUAUUAACUA